GCUUGCGGCCAAGCAAAAGAGAAAUCAUGGAGAGCAAGUCCAACUUCAAGGGAGAAGAAGAAGAACCAGAGGCAAUCGUGUGGGCCCAGAAAGCGUGGGCCCUACUAUCUUCAGUUCGAGCCAAAUCACCGCUCAUCCAGUGCAUCACCAACUUCGUGUCAAUGGAUCUGAUGGCCAACACUCUCUUGUCCGCGGGUGCAUCACCCGCCAUGCUCCACUCCAUAGAAGAACUCCCCGACUUCACGCCUCAGGUCCACGCACUCUGCGUCAACGUGGGCACGCUCUCCGCCGACUGGUUACAGGCCAUGAAGGUCGCCGCUGAACUCGCGCACAACUCCGGCAAGCCUUGGGUUCUCGACCCAGUUGCCGCCGGCGCCUCAGGUUUCCGGAUGAAGGCUUGUUUGGAGCUUGUGGAGCUUAAGCCUACUGUUAUUAGGGGAAAUGCGUCCGAGAUUAUCGCCCUCGCCAAUGCUUCUGUGGGACCUACCAAGGGGGCGGACAGUUCCCAUGAAUCAACAGAUGCAAUCGAAUCAGCAAAAUCACUGGCUCAAUCCAGUGGUGCCUUAGUUGCGGUUUCUGGAGCUGUCGACAUUGUUACAGAUGGGAAGAGAGUUGUUGGUGCUCGUAAUGGGGUUGCCAUGUUGACAAGGAUCACGGCAACCGGAUGUUCAGUCACUGCCCUGAUUGCUGCCUUUGUUGCUGUUGAUCAAUCGCAUGUUUUGGAAGCUACAGCUUGUGCAUUAUCGAUAUUUGGGAUUGCGAGCGAGGUGGGAAUGAAACUGGCAAAUGGUCCAGCUUCGUUGCGGAUGCACUUGAUAGAUUCACUCUACAGGCUCGAUGAAGUAUGCGUGCUUUCUCAUGUUAAAAUCGGCAGCUUGUCAUGAAAGAUAUAGAGCUGUAUGUGUGGUAUGUUGAUUACCAUUAGACCUAUUUUUGUUUAGAGUUCACACAUAUUAAGCAAUUACAUGAAUGAUGAAUAACAAAUGAUACUUUGUUUUUGAAGGUAAAGUUCCUGAAUCAUUUACUGGAAAAUACUAUAAUAAUUGGAAGCAUUUCCUUGUAAAGUA